AUGCCCCCCCCAAUCGGCUCUGCGUCGCCGUUCCGGCCCCGUAGUCGCGGGUCUGGCCGUCAAUCACCCUCUCCACCACCCCCUCCCCUCCCUCCAAAGUCCAUCGACCUCAACAGCUCCACUGCAUCCGUCGAACGCGCUACGGGAAGCAAGGUCAUUCGCCGCGCCUUUGUCUGUGACGUUGUCGUCGAGCGUGACGGCGAGGAGACGACCACGCUUCUCUCGCAACUUGGACGGCCCCUUGACCCCCUGACAGCCCUCCCCCAACCCCCUCAGCCUCCUCUCACUCCCUCUCGUAAAUCCCAAGGGGACGAUGACUCGUACUCUGGAUGGUCGGCGAACAAGAAGGAUGAGAUGGAACGUCGGCUCCAGUCUCUCAUCGAGGAGCUCGUGCGCACCGAGAGGAGUUAUGUCUCGCGCAUCAAGGCCCUGAAGACGAGCUAUGCCGACCCACUUCGUCACUUUGCAAAGCAGGGCUACUCGGUCAUCAUCCCCGCGUACGAGGCCAAGAUCUUGUUCAGCAACAUCGACGCGGUUCUUCCAGCAGCCCAAACAUUCCUCAACGACCUCGAGGAAAUGUGGGCGUCAGGCCAGGCUGAGAACCUUGUUGGAGACGUCUGCUUGAGGCACCUCAAGACUAUCAAGACGCUCGACCCAUACCGAACCUACAUUGGUAACCAAGACGAGGCACAAAAGACUUUCCAGGAGAUGUUCAAAAAGGUCAACACCUUUGUUAGCUUUAUUGAGAGCACAAAGUACCAGACGACCGGCAUCGGCAACAUUGGUCUGCGCGAGCUGCUCAUGGAGCCUGUACAGCGUGUCCCACGAUACACUCUCCUUUGGCAAUCCAUGGCCAAGUGCAUGUCACCUCUCUCGGACCAACGAACCAAACUUCUUGAUGCCACCGAGAUUGCUUCCAGGAUCGCCCGGUGUGAAGCGGAUGAGCAGACCGUUAGGGCAACAGUCCAGUACUGUCUGCAACGAAACGUCGAAGGGUUCCCCGCCAAUCUAUUCAGUAACAACCGCAACUUUGUCGACUCUAUCGAUGCCGAGGAUGUCCUUGGAGAUGCUGCCCCCGGGUCCGCACGACACAGCCGACAAGGAUCCAUGAUGAACGGCAAGAUGUCUACGCCGACCCUCAACCUCGGCGGCCUGGGCUCUCCCACCGCUGAUAAUGGCGCUGUGCCCGCUCUCCACUGCACCCUGUUCCUGUUUGACGACAAGCUUCUCAUUACCAAGCGCGUGUCCAGCACGGUCAGUGGCCGCAAGGUCACCGGCCUCGAUGACGUUCGCGCACUCGUCAAGUCUGGUGGUGGUGUCGCUGUGAGGGAGAAGGACGGCACAAGAAAGGAAAAGCUUAGCUUCCGCGGAGCCGUCGAUAUCGAGGACGUUGUGGCGAUGGACAUGGGCAAUGGAGACUUCCAGCUCUUCCUGGACCUCAACGCCAAGUCUGAUGCACUGGCGGACCAGGUUGACAAGUGGUCUGCCGCCCGUACACUGCGCCAAUACAGCACCAUCCACCCGCCUCACCCGAUCGGCUUUGAUCCGGUCACGUCGCGCAAGGACAAGCUACGCUUUGUCCACAACAUCUGGGCGGCUCAGGCUUUGCGCCGCACCAAGCUCAAGCCCGCCGAGGUCAAGCCCGUGCCCCGUGGCGUCCUUGCCUGCACGGAUGAAAUUGAUCUUGACAAGGAGCUCUUACGAGUCAAGGCGUACUGGAACCUUUGGGAUCGUGCCGGCUGGGUCGGAGCGCAGGAGAAGGCCAAGGUUGUCAUCCAGAUCGCCGAGGACGAGGACAUUCCCGAGUUGCCACUCCCGCAGGAAAGCGGCCCAACUCUGAUUAUUCGCCUCGAGCCGAUGCCUGGGGCGGUGUGCAAGCUGCAGGCUGUGACCAACACUGGCACUCAAGUCUACCGCACAGCCUCUUCCCUCGGCGAGAUCAACAAGAAGAUUAUCGAGGCUAUCAACGCCGGUGGUCUCUUCAAGGUCAAGGCCAGCCACACUAGGGCAAGCUCGUUCGGCGGCGGCACUCCUGGCUCGAUGAUUAGCAAGCGCGCGUCUCGUGUGUUUGGCAGCGACGGUAUUGCCCGCAACCUCUGGGGCGGCAGCACCUCGUCCACCCGUGGCGGAUACAGUGGCUCGGAUGGCUUUGGUUCGUCGAGUACGAAGCGCUCCCAGUCUAUCAAGAGCCGCUCGUCUACCCUCACCCGGGCAUCCACGGACAUGACUUCCAUUUCAUCAAGUGGUCGCAGCGCGCCCAAGUCUCCCAAGUCGCCGAGUGGUUCCAGCUUUAGCGAUUCGCGCUCAAACUCGGACAGCAGCAUUCCAAUGUCGCCCAUCAAGUCGCCUGUCAAGGCGGAGCCGGACACAGAGACGGACAACCUCGAUGCUCGACUCAACCUUGCGCGCUACAACAGUCGCUCCAUGGUCGCCUUGACCUCCACGCCCUCCAAGCCGCCAACGCCAGUCAAGACUACUACGACCCCAAUGGUCUCGCGUGUGGCUGCAAUGCGUGAGCAGCUCGAGCGCAAGAUGACCGAGGGCGGUGGUGGUGGUGGUGGCAUCGAGGAGACAUUGAGUACGCUGUCGUCCAUCACCGACAGUGGCAUGUCUCCAGUUAAAGGCCGUGCAUUGCGCGGUCCCGUCCCGACACUUGCAUCCAGUGUCAUCCAGACUGAGGGUGGUAUCUCGCGUGACUCUUCGAUGGGUUCCCUCCACUCGCCCACACGACAUGGCACCUUGUCUCGUUCGGGAACCUUGUCACCGCGUGGUCCUCGUACACCCAGCAAGGGUAUGGCCGCGCGCAGCGGCUAUGUCCCUCCUCUGCCGCCCCCUAUCCCGACUGCAGAACGUUCACCAGUUGUUGCGACCAUUCCUCUUGCCCAGCCCGACGCGGAAGCUUCUUCCUCCUCUGACCCCACCAUGGACUCUGAGGACUAUGUGGACCUCACCGACCUCUCAACAACAGGACACGAACCUGUGCGCUACACAUUACAUGAUCCUCCCGUCGGCUACUUGACGUCGACAGCGCUCGCCGUGCAGGCGUCCGUUUCAGCCACGAGGGAAGCUUCACCGCAGCGCUCGGUGCGUGCUCUGCCCCCCUCUCCCUCACCAGAGCCUCCAGCCCACCGCCCCAUUCCGUCCCCGCAACACUCUGUCAACGCCGUUCCAGCCCGCCUCCUGGGUCUUGGCGCCCCGCCCAAGCAGAGCCCUCGUGGUGGCAGGAGUACGUCCAACCCGCCUUGUGACGAGAACAGUCCUACUGGUGGCUCUCCCCAUAAACGUCAGCAUGCCGCUGCAGACUACCUCUCGCCCCGCAAACGGUCUACCAGUGACUCGCCUAUGGCUAGACAAGUCAGUGACGGCACGGCGACCUCUGAGCAUCAGUCGCGCCCGACCUCGGUUCUCGGCCCUGCCAGUGGCGGCCGCCGAACAUCAGGCAUCAGCGUUGCGCCUCGGGCCAACCGUCGCUCAAGCGCCGGCGCCGGGGUGCUCAGUCCCUCACGUCACGUCUCAACCGCCUCCACCAUGACGGUGCAGUCUUUCGUGUCUACGACCGACGACCACGACAUUGUCAUGAGCGACCAUGCCGAGCUUCCCACUGCUGCCGACUCUACCCGCCAGCGCGUUGCCGACGCCCGCAAGCUCGCUCGCCGUAUCCGCAUCGAUACGGCCGCCCUCAAGAAAACGUACACUGUUGGUAUCGAGUCGCGGUCCCCCAUGAUGCCCCGUUCACCCCAGACGCUCAACAUUCAGAACGUGCUGUCCGUUUCGGACGACAGCCCGACGGCCAUGGCCAAGGCGGAUGUCGAGAUGGAGGACCUGAUGCUUUCCAUCCUCGGAACGGGCGACAAGCUCGAGCAAAAGCUCGCUGCGGCACUGGCUGAUUCGGAGCGCGUCCGCAUGCUGGCACGCACGACUGCUGAAGCCGAGGCUCAGUCGGCUGCAGGUGUGGCCAUGCACGAGGGCCAGCUCGCGCGCGCUAAGGAGCGCGAGACGCUCCUGAGCGAGCAGCUGCGUCGCAGGGACCUCGAGGUGGAGGAGAUCUACAACGCCUUCAAUGCCGAGUUGGACGGCAUGUACAAUGACAUGACGCUGCCGCAGCCCGACGCGGCCCUGGCUGCCAUGCGCCGCGACUUGCAAGAGACCAAGGCGAAGCGGAACGCGUAUGAGCUCGAGAACAACCGGCUGAGGAUGCAGCUGGAAGAGGAGCGUUUGAAGCGCGAGCAGUGGCACAAGAUGCUGCACGCGCGCGGGCUCCUCCCGUGA